AUAUAUUUUUGAGUGAGAGAGAGAGAGAGAGAGGUAAAAAGGUAGAAGAUGGGAGGAGGAUGAAGAAGCAACAAGUUGAAGAAGAGCAUAACUUGAAUGAUGCUAUUACAACAACUAUUACCACCACUGAUGGCAGAGUUUUAACCAUUUCUAACUUCAUUUCAACCUUUGAUGAAAGUGCAAAGAAGAGGUUAGAGAUAAUGAAUCAAAAGCUGAGAGGAAUGGAGAUGCAGAUGGAGGCACUGGAGGCUGAGAUGAGCAAGGCUAUUACCUUUUCUGACUAAGCUUUGUUACUUUCUUAGUAAUUAAUUUCAACAUGAUUAGAGACUUUUAUGUAUAAAGUUUUUGUUGCUUUUUUGUAGUCAUUAGGAGUUCUCUCUAUAUCAAUAUAACAUGGUCUUUUGUUA